AUGAAUUCUAACUCAAAUUAAAAACCUGAUGGUCAAAUACUAAAAAAGUAAGCAACUCUACAAAGAUUAAAUUCUCGAAUAAAUGAAUAAUUCAUUAAAAGCAAGCUCCUUUAAAUGAAAAACGAUUAUAAACAAAAGAAAUUUCAUAAUUAGAUACCCUCAAGAUCAAUUUUAAUAUGCCAAGACGAAUAAGAUAAUCUACGCUCAUUUUUUGUAUAAAAUUCAGCUAAUAUAGAUAAUAAAAUUGAAGAAAAAGAAAAAUAUGUAGGGGAAAUUUAGAAUUUUAUUAGUGUAGAUGAUAAAAAUAAUGAAGAAUACGAAGAAGAUAUUUCUGACGUUGAAAGCAACAAAGAUGAUAACUAAGAUGAUUUUAUUUAAGAAAGCCAAUUAAUAUCUGAUAAAGCUGAAAAGGAAUACUUAGAAGAAUGUUAGCUUGGUUAAAUUAAAUUAAAGCAAAUAGAAUCUGUAGCGUUGAAUGAAAAAAUAUAUGAUAAUAACAAAGAAAAAGAAACUGAUUAACUAACAAAUAACGAAAAAUCUUUAUAAUUGAGAAAUAAGUUAAGUGGUAGUAAGACUAAUAUUAUAUAAAAAUAGUAACAUAAUGAUGAGCAAAAUAUUCAAUUACCUCAGUAAAAUAAUUUAUCUUAAACAAAAUAAUAAUAAUCAGGUCAAAUGAAAAACUCUACAAUCAAUUAAAAAAAAUUAAUUGAAUUUAAUAUAAAAAUUAUCAUGAAAAAUUAAAAAUAGGAUAAAAAUUUAAUCUUAGAAUAUGGUGAUUUCCUUGAUUUGAUUGAAGAAGUAACAUUCGAGAAUAUAAGGACAAUAAAUGUAUUCAAGAUAUUAAAAGUAUUUUAAAGAAUAAAGAUUUUGAGAGUUGUUUAUUCAAUAUUCGAUAUCAAUAGCUGCAGAUAGUAUAUAUUUGAUUGUAAAAAUUAUUUAGAAAAUAUAUUCUUUUUGAGAUCUAGUCCAGCUGUAUUUUCUAGUAGAAUUUUCAAAAAAGCAGAUUAGAUAGAAAAUAUAACCAGAGAAUCAGCGAUGUUUAUAAUGUUUUAACAAGAUUAUUUAAAAAUCUAAUAUAUUGAAUAGAUUGAUUAAAUAGUCUUAGAUUUGUUAGAGUUAAAUACUUUUUAAUCAGUAAGAAUUAUCUAAAAUUACAAUCCUCUCAUAUUAGUAGAUUAUUAGUAAUUACUUGGUGAAUAUAGAUAACUUAUUUUAUAAAAUACUAAUGAGGAAGACCAAAAGUCUAAAAAUACUUUAUAAGAUUUUGAAGAGGAUUAAUAUUUAUCCAGAUUAGAAGAAGGAACAGCUGAUUUUUAUAAUUACCUGUUUCUAGAUAUUAAAAACGAAGAAUCUUUAAAUGACGAAGAAAAAAAUUAACUUAAAUAAAUAAAAUUUUAUAAAAGUGUCUCUAGUAUAGAGUAAGACAUUUUUAGGAAAAAGAAAUUCGAUAGCUUUGUAAUAGAGAAGCGUUUUUCGAGUAAGAAGAAUCCAAAAAAAGUAAAAACAAGAAUAGAACUUAUAAUAAAUAAAUUUCAUUUUGAAGACAUACCAUCCUUUAUUUACUUGACUACUAUAAUAGACUAGUAUUCUAGUAUAAUUACGUCUAUUAAGUUUAUGAGAUUAGGAAGGAUUAAAGAUAAUCUCUUUUCUAUGCUUUUUUAAAAACUUAGAGAUCUUGAUAGAAUUUAAGUUCUUCUCUUUUAUGACACUGCUCUUUAUCCAUAAAAUUUAGAAGAAAUUAAAUUAUUCAUGAAUUGGCAACUUGGAAAAGUUAAAAAGAUAGGAUUUGUCUAAAACUUUUUGAAUCAGCUAGACUUGAACUUCUUAUUUGAUACAUCUCUCACUAAAUACCCUAGAAAUAACUAAUAAUUAAACGAUAUUUAUUUUUUAAAAUACUUUAACUCAAAUUUAGUUAAGAGUUACUCAUUAAUCAUGAUAGAUCAAAAUUAUAUCUCAUAAAACCUUUAAUCACUCGUUUAACAAAAUUUAAAACCUAUUUCAUAAAAGGGAAUAUACUACAACCCAAAUUUAGGGUAUGAUUUUAAAUUCAAUUAAGCAAAGUUAGAAACAUUGGAUUUAAAAACUUAAUGGCUAAGCAUAAAACAUUCUAUUGAAAAUGAUCAAAUUGAGGACUUAUAGAUUGAAUAUUAUAAUGAUUUUUUAAUCGAUAAUAAGAAUGAGGUAGGACAUAAUUUUGAUUUAACUAUUUACUCAAGAAAAUCUUUAAAAGACAUAGAUAUUAACCUAAUAUAUUUCAAUAUUAAUCAAGUUGAAAGAGUACUCUCUUUAAGAAAUAAAAUUGGGAUGUAUUGUCUUAAGAUUUUAUCUAACAUAGAUAAUUAUUUAAAAAAUUUAAAGCUUAGAGAUUUGUUGGUAUAAAAGUAUGUUGGCUCAACUCUUACUAUUGUAAAUUUAGAUAUUUUAUUUGUUCCUACUCUCGAAAAUAUUUCUCUGUUUUUAUAGUCCGAAAUAGCUCAGCUAAGCUAAGGAUUGAAUAAAUGUGCUCCGUAUUUAAAAAGAUUUAAAAUUUCUGGAGAUGUAGGAUAACUUAUACCUAUGAAUAAUUUAUUAAAAGGAGUAGAUUGGAGUAAAUUCAAGUAAUUAUAAAAAAUCAUAUUUUCAAGAUGUAAUUUUGAUGAGGAAAGCUUAUUUGAAUUAUUUAAUUCACUAAAUGAUACAAGCUUAGAAAAAAUUAAAUUAGUAAGUAUCAAAUGUAGUGAGAAAUUCUUAUAUGCAAUCGAUUGGAAAAGAUUCAAACAAAUUAAUUUCAUAGAAUUAACAUCAGUAAUUUUUAACAUAAAAAAUGAUAAUAAAAGCUUUUAUGUAACUGAUAUUUGCGAACCUAUAGCUCAUUAACUCAAAACACUUAAUUUUAACCGUAUAAAUAUACCUUAGCAUUACUUGGGUGCAUUUAAUCCAUCAAAAUAUACAAAUCUUACAAGUUUUAAAGCCAGUAAAUUUUUCUAAAACUAUCAAAAUAUGCUAUAAAUGGUAAAUAUCAAAUAGCUUUAAUAGAAAAAUGAUAAUGGUGAAAAAUAAAAAAAAGAUGAAAAUGCUAAUCAAAAAAAAAAUAUAGAAUUGAGUAAUUAAAACAAUACUUAAAAAAAUGAUACAAAUAAUCAAGAAGGCAAUGAAGAAGAAGAAGAGGUUUUAGACCAUGAAUAAAAAACAGCAAAGAUUUAUCAAAAAAUAUAAAAUCAGAUAAUAAAAGAUGCUAUUAAAGAAGAUGAUAAAAAAUAAUUGUUUGUUUAAAAGUAAGACGAACUUACAGAUUAAAUUGUUUAUAAAUCAUUUGAUAGAAUUAGCAUAAAGCUUAACUCUGAUUAUAUCUUUAGUCAAUAUAAUUGUGAAAAUGUAGAUUUAAAAUACUUAGACAUGUGUGUAAAAUCAAUCAAUUUAACCACCUUAUCUCCUUCAUAGCUUACUAAUUAUGAUUAAAAAAUAAUAUUUAGUAAACUAUAAAAUGUUGAAGAAAUAUUUUGCUGGUAAAAUUUCAAUGAUAAAGAAGCAAAAAAACAUAAUUCAUAACUGGAAAGUAUUAUUAAUUAAUUAUCCAACUAAUUAAAAGUGUUAGAUUUAAGAAGGAGUAGUAUAAGUUUAGUAAAAAUUUUUGACUCUUAAAAUCAAAAAUAAUUUUCGCAAUUAAAAAUUUUAAAAGUAACAAGAUCGUUCUUCUUUUCGUUCAAACGAAUUUAAGCUUUCAUUGAUAGAAUAUCUUCAACUAUUGAAUGUAUAGAAAUAUUAAAUAUUACAGAAAGCUAAUAAAAUUAAACUAAGAAAGAUAAUUAAAUCAUUGAUUUUUCUAAAUUAGUCAAUCUUCGAACUUUCAUUAUUCAUGAUUCUAUUAACAAUUAGGUUUAAAAACCUUUAUAAACCUUACCAAAAUAAAUUUAAAACUUAAAACUGUUUUCUCUAAAAUAAAAUUUAGAUUUUUUGUAAAUAAAUGAAUUUAAAUAGCUUACAAAUUUAACAAUUUCUAACAAUCAAAAUCUUAUAUAAAAAAAUAAAUCCUUUUUUGAUUAAAAAAAUAAAUCUAUUAAGUUUUUGUGUCUAAAAAAUAAUUCUCUAAGAAUGUAAUAGUUAGAAAAUCUUAAAAUUAAUAAUUUAGAAAAUCUAGAGACUCUUAUUUUAAAUCAUAAUCCACUUUACAAAGAUAAUUUAGAUAAUUAUGCAAGCUUUUUUAACUCUGAAGAAAGCUUCGAUUCAUUAAAACAAGAGGAAAUUUUUUAAGGUGAAAAUUAGUAUGCCAGUGAUUAAGAAGAGGAAGAAAGUAAUACUGAUGAAGAUGAAGAAGAAGACGAUGAUGAUGAUCAUGAUGAAUAAGAAGAAGACGAUGAUGAUGAUGAAGAAGAAGAAGAAGAGGAUAGUGAAAAUGAAGAGAAUGAAAGCUAAUAUGAAGAUUCGGAAAUUAAUAGUGAUGAAGAAAAUAGUGAGGAAGAUGAAGAAAGAAGUGGAGAGGAUAGUUCAUAAGAUUUAAGCAUUAAAAAAAAAAAGAAAGUAUAGAAAAAAUAAAAUAAAUAAAAAAAAUUAAAAAAAAUGAAAAUCAGUAAAUAAAAUAAAAAUGUUAAUCCAAAAAAGAGUGGUUUUAAAUUUUUUUAAAUACUAGAAUCAUUUAAAAGUAGUUUGAUAAAUUUAUGCAUGAGAAAUUGUAAUAUAACUGAAGAAAUAUUUGAUAAAGUAGAUUUUACAAAUUUUAAGCAACUCUCAAAGCUUGAUAUUUCAAGAAACAAUAACUUUUUCUUGUAAAAUAAGCAAAUAUUUAAAAAUAUGCUAAACUAAAUAUCUUGGAACUUGUAAGAACUAAAUGUUGGCCAAACAAAUAUUUGUCUUGAAAAUAAUCUAUCUAAUUUCGAUUUUACAAAAUUAUAGAAGUUAUCUAUUUUUAAGGCUAAAUGGGCUUUAAAAAUAUUUAAAUCAUCUUAAAGCAACUAGACAUUUUAAUCAAAAGAAGCUUUAUUAUUUAUGAAUGCUAUAAUAUCUUAAUUAUCUCAAAUUUAGUUAACUGAAUUAGUUAUUGGAGCAAACUGGCAGUAGGCUAGUAAGCUAAAAUUUUUAGAUAUCAGUAAUAUGAAUUUAGAAAAAUUCUUAGAAGUUUAGAGAAGAGAUUAAGUAAUCGAACUAUAAAAGUUAAUUUAAAAUGUAGGGAAAAGAUUAGAAGUUUUAAAUAUGAAUUAAUUAAUGAUACAAGCUUAAGAAUUAGAGAUGAUAAAUUGGCAAAACCUUAUUAAUUUGAAAUUAUUAAAUAUAUCAAAUAUCGAUUGUUUUGAAUAGAAUUUUCAUAUUAUUGGAAAAAUUACUGAAAAAAUGAUUAAAUUAGAGCAGAUGAUUUUAAAAGACGAAGGUAUUGAAGAAUAAAUACUUACUUUACCAUGGAAAAAUUUUUCUAAUAUAAGAAAGGUUAUUUUGGAAAAGGAUUAAUAAACAAAUAUUUAUUAUUAUUCAUUUUAGAAUAACAUUUUUAAGAGUUACUUGAAAAACGAUUAUAGUUUUGCCAUGAUGCCUCUUUAAUUAUUUAAUGCUAGAAUUUUGAAUCCUUCUCACGCUUAUUACUAAUAAUAUUUAAAAUUAUAGAACGAAAAAGAAGACUUUUCAAAUAAAAAUCACUUGAAUAGAUUAGAAUAAAAUUAAUAAAAAACUUUGAUUUUAGAUAGAAUCAAAUACAAUUUUCCAUUUUAACCUCUUUCAGAAAUAGACGAGAAAUAUGCUUCGCAAAUGUCUUAUUCCACUUAUGGGAUGGUUAUGUGGAAUUUGGUUCGAUUUGACAUUCUUUUGAAAGCUGAUUUAAAUUAGCUUUAAAAAAUUCUUUCUCAAUAAGCAUUUAAUUAAAAAAUAAUAUAUUUUAAUAAUAUAAAUUGCUAUUUGUUUUUUAUUUUCUCUAAAAUAAAUGAUGAAAGCUUUUUAGGUUUGAUUUUAAACUCUUACCUACUUGAAUCAAAUCAAAUAGAAACAGUAUUUAUUUAACAAUUGAAUGACGAUAAAUUUUUUUAUUCAGGAAGCAUAAAUAUUUCUGUUAUCUAUAAGCUAAUGGAUAUUUUUUUCAAUAGACCAACAAAAAGGAUAAUUCUUAGCUAUUCCCUAAAUUUAAACAGAAAUUAGAUUAUGAAUGAAUUAACUUCCUCCUCUUAAAAAGAAAGUCUUUACGAAGAAGAAUAAUUCAGCUCUUCUUUUUAAGAAAAUUUAGACCAAAACUCAUAAAAAUUUGAUAAAAUUGUAGAGCUUAACAGAAAUCUGAAUUUUAUAAAUGAAUAUACUAUGCUAGACUUUUUGAAUUUUGCUCCAUCACAAGAAUUAAAUCUAUCAAAUUACAGUAUUUAAUUUUUUAAAUAUCUCUAUCUCAUAUAAAUGUAUUCUCCUUACAGCUAUAAGACCACCAUAAACUAUUCGAUUGAUUCAUUGUCAAAUAAUAGUAUUUCGGCCAGGUUGUUAAAAAUUUUGUACUAAAGAGGAAAAAAUGGAAAACUCUACAAAUUUUUAAACUUAUUUUAUUAGGACACAACUUUUUACAAAUUCGAUGAAUCUGUUAUUUUACUAAAUACAAAGCUUUCUUUAUCGAAAGAAAAUAUAUUUUUAAAAUAAUUAAUGCUCUUUAUGAUUCCUAUUUAUUAUUUUAUUUGCAUAUUCGGUCCUUUAUAUUUCACUUAUAGGUAAGAUUUAAUAGAUUCAUGUGGUAAAGGUCUGUCAUGGCACUCUUACUAUGUUUAUCUUGCCUUUGCAAUAAUCAGUUUUUUGAUGGAAUAUUCUUUGUAUUCUAAAAUAUUAAGCACAACUUCUCAUUUAAUCCCUGCGGCUUCAAUAACUCCUUCUACUUCUUUAAUAGGAAUUUUAUUAAGUGAAAUUAAAAAAGUGAUAAAUCAGAAUAGAAGCUAUCUCUAUAUUUUUUCUCUAGCAAGCUCUUAGAUUACAAGAUACAAUUACUUCACAGACAUAGGUUUCAUUGUUAGUUGCUAUUAAUGCCAAAGACCUAAACUAAUGAUUGCAUCAAUAGUUUUUGUAGGAUUACAUACUCUGAUAAAUUUAAUAUAUUAUAUCCUACUGCUUUUCUAAAAGUCAAAAAAAUUUUUAAUUCCAACUUCUGAAAUUGAUAAAUUUUAUCAAAUUUCAACAUUACUUGAAUUUCACGCUGUCUCAGAUACACUAGAUUUAAUAUCACCUUCUAAUGUUGUUGUAUUUCCUGUUUUUUUAAGAAAAAUCAGUUUAUUCAGAUUGAGAACUAUAGCAGGGAUAGCUUUUAACGGAAGAAUUUAUAAUGCAAUACAAAGAUUUUUACUCGAAGAUUUUCCAUAGCUUAUAAUUUAGAUAAUAUUUCUUAUUUUAGAAAAUAAGGCAAAUAUUAACAUUAUACUUUCAUUUGUAGCUACCAUAGUUACUUUGCUUAUAUCAAUGUAUAAGUUCCUUUCAAUUAGACCAUCUACAAUAAAUUAGCUUGAUUUUGAUUUUUUGAACUAAACAAAAAAAGAAAAUUCAUGGAAAUUUGAAAAAAAGAUACACCAACUCUCAAAAAAAACAAAUUAAAAUAUAAUCGAUAAUAUCAAAAAACUUAAUAGAAAUACAGAAUAUUCAUAAAUACUAAAUGAUUUCUAUAAAUUUAAUUAAUUAGAUUGA